AUGGCUGCCUCUUUCGGCCCUGCGGUCGGUCUAGGAUUCACCUGUGUCGCUGCCGUUGUCGUCCAGAUAACCAACGAUCUCGGAAAUGACGCUGAUUUGGCUUGGGUUGUCGGCGCCUGGUCACUGGCAACGGCAUGUUCCUUCUCCCUCGGUGGGCCUCUCAGUGAUGUGUUUGGCCGUAGAGUCCUCAUUCUCGGCGGUCAGGCUGUUGUCAUGGUAGGCUGUAUCGUGGGAGGCGUCGCACAGAAUGUUGCCAGCUUGAUUGCGAGCGAGACAGUCAUUGGCCUCGGGACUGGCUUCGUCUUUGUGGCAUACGCUGGCGUUCCUGAGAUGCUGCCCAACAAGUGGCGCGCUCUGGGCGUUGGAAUCCUAGAGGGUGGUAUUAUGGUCCCCUGGGGAAUGGUCGGUGUCCUCCUUGCAGCUUCCCUGCUUGAGUAUGCGUCAUGGCGCUGGAUCUUCUAUCUCGGCAUCAUCGUCGAAGGUCUCUCUUUCGUUGGGACAGCCCUGUGUUACUGGCCAACAUCCCGACCUCGUGGCGACUUUGACAAAUCCCGAUGGCAGCAGUUCAAGGAAGUCGACUGGAUCGGACUCUCACUCUUCACUCUGGGCCUUGCAACAGCCCUUGUUGGCCUAACCUGGGGCGGUAGCCCAGCAUAUCCUUGGAAGAGUGCGGGUGCCAUUGUACCCAUUGUUAUCGGGGUGGUAGUCGUCGCACUUGCCUUCGUCUACGAUUUCAACUUUGCCAAGGCCCCUCUGUUCCCUGUGAAGCUCUUUCGCAUGUGGCGCGGCUUCGUCGUGCUGCUGGUUGGACUUUUCAUAUCAGGCAUGAACUUCCACGCCAUGUCUGCUCUCUUCCCUCAGGGAUCUCUCUUCAUGUUCACAACGGAUAGCAUCCAGAUCGGACUCAUCUCGCUCCCGACCAACCUCAUCUCCACGAUUGUUGGUGCCCUCGUCCCUAUCUGCGCGCACCGGAUAGGCCAUAUCAAGUGGCUGUUCGUGGCCGGCAUGGCCUUCCAGGCCAUUUUCAUGGGUGCCAGCGCCGCUACUGUCAACCCUAACAAGAAAUGGGCAUGGGCUUUCGUGCCAGCCUUUGGUGUUCCCAUGUUCCUCAUGGUCACCAUUCUAGGCUACGCCAUUGCUAGUCUGCAUGUUCCGCACUCUCAUCUCGGAGUAGCAAUGGGACUCCUAGGAACCUUUCGCUCGGCGGGUGGUGCUGUAGGAAACGCCAUCUUCAAUACCGUAUUCCAGGACAAGUUCCGCGACUUUUCAGGGGAAGAGAUCACGAAAGCAGCACUGGCAAGCGGUCUGAACGCUUCUGAUCUUGGUGCUAUUAUCCCGGGAACUAUUGCUCACAACCUUGGCGUUCCCCAUUCUCUCGACGGCAUUGAAGGCAUGACACCGGCCAUCGAGGCAACUCUUCGAUCGGCGGUGCGCCUUGCUUAUGGCCGCGCUUUCCAGUUCGUCUUUUACAUCACCAUUCCCUUCAGCGUCGUUGCUUUGAUCUGCUCCCUCUGGGUGGAGGAUCCUGAGCCUUACAUGACGAACCACGUUCAGUCAGCAAUGAAUAACGGAGUCAAUGAAAAAGUAGGCAUCAAGGAUGGCCUAAGUCAGGAUGGAGUCGAGGUGGAGAACGUGGAGAGAGCCCGGGAGCCCAAUACUAUCGGUUAG